GAGCAGCACAAAUUCAAGCUCUAGAGGGAGUGGAAGUCAUUGCAAAUCUGAAGGCCAAGAUGAAUCUGUGAAAACAAAAGCCUCAGAAGAGUCAGGGCCUGAAGAUGAAGAAACAAGAGAUCCUGAUGAAUCUCACAAGGAAGAUGCAAGUGCUGAAGAACUGAAAACUACAGAUGAAACUAUAGAGACGACACAAGCAACUGUAUCAGAUAAACCUGGUCCUGAGCAUUCUGGAAUCCAACCAGAAGAAAAUGGCCCCAAUGUUGAUGCUGUCUCUGGAAAUGUAGAAGGAGAAGCCUCCUGUGAAAAAAGUGCAAAUCAAGACAUUUCAAGUCAAAGUACUGAAUCCACUGCCAACUCACUUGCUGCAAACGACGAACCUCAGCCACACCCAGAAUCCUCAGGGCUUGCAACUCCAGAUGAGUCCUCUACCAGAACCUCAGCUCUCCAAGAAACUGAUGAUAGUGAUGAUGAUCCUGUUCUCAUCCCAGGGGCAAGGUACCGAGGAGGACCAGGACACAGACGAUCUGCUGUUGCCCGCAUUCAGGAGCUCUUCAGAAGGAGGAAGGAAAGAAAAGAAAUGGAAGAAUUGGAAACACUGAAUAUUAGACGUCCUUUAAUCAAGAUGGUUUAUAAAGGUCAUCGGAACUCCCGGACAAUGAUAAAGGAAGCCAAUUUUUGGGGAUCUAACUUUGUCAUGAGUGGAUCAGACUGUGGCCAUAUUUUUAUAUGGGACCGACAUACUGCUGAGCAUCUCAUGCUGCUGGAAGCUGAUAACCAUGUGGUGAACUGUCUUCAGCCUCAUCCGUUUGACCCAAUUCUGGCCUCUUCGGGUAUUGAUUAUGAUAUAAAAAUUUGGUCGCCAUUGGAAGAAUCCAAGAUUUUUAACAGAAAACUUGCAGAUGAGGUUAUAACACGUAAUGAAUUAAUGCUGGAAGAGACCAGAAACACUAUUACUGUUCCAGCUUCUUUUAUGUUACGAAUGUUGGCUUCAUUGAAUCAUAUAAGAGCAGACCGAUUGGAAGGUGACAGAUCAGAAGGGUCUGGUCAGGAAAAUGAAAACGAAGAUGAAGAGUAACUGGCAGUUGUGUGCAAGCACCUAGACGGUCAUGGAAUUUGUAUAAGACAUUAAUUAUAUUUUUCCUUACAGAGCUUUAGUGCAAUUCUAAGGUAUUGCUUUUGGAUAACCUAACCUUUUGUUUUUGAAUGACUGUGUGCAUGACUUUGGGAGAGUGUGCAAGUAAAAUAAGCAAAAAUGUUUUUAAACUGUUUUGCCAUGUAUGAGGGGUGCUAGAAGAUGCAAAGUGCAAUAUUUUCCUUAACCUGCAGAUGUGGGAGCUUGGAUCGAUGUUUUAAAGUAACUUUCAUUAUAAUAAAAACAAUGGUUCAAAUAAAUUUCUAUACCUGCUGUUUGCAUGUUUGUUGCUUUCUAAUUAAAAGUUUGGUUGUUUAAAGUA